AUGCCUUUCACCGGAUCCGACAUCAUCAAGAUCAUCAUCGCCAUCAUCCUCCNNCCCCCUCUUGGUGUAUUCCUCGAGCGCGGCUGUGGUGCUGACCUCCUCAUCAACAUCCUGUUGACCAUCCUUGGUUACAUUCCCGGCAUCAUCCACGCC